ACAACUAACGGUAACCGCCUCAGGGUGAGAGGUGUCACAUUUAUAGCAUCUGACUCAGUCACUGACAAAGAACAAGAUGAAGAAAUACAGGAAACAGAUAGCAGAGCAGUUCCUGAGUCAGGCCCUGGGCAUCAUCUGCCUGCUGACCGGAGAGGAAUACACCAUUGUGAAGAAGAGGCCCUCCCACAGCAGCGUUCAACAGCUGAGCGGAGAGGUGCCUAUAAAGUGUGAUGAUGUUGCUGUGUAUUUCUCUAUGGAGGAGUGGGAGUAUAUAGAGGGACACAAGGAGCUUUACAAGGACGUCAUGAUGGAGACUCACCAAGCAGUAAGGACUAUGGAGAUCCCAGGGAAUGAGAGCUCAGAACUAACAGGUCACAGAGAUGAAAAUCUAUACACAGGAGCACAUAGAGAACUUGUACAGAAUAUUCAGCCAGUGGAGACCCCAUCAGACGUCUCUGCAGAUGACAUUAAUACUGACGUAGAUGUUAAAACAGAAGAUCUGAGUGUAAUUUGUCAGCUGGAAGCUCCAAUGCAGGAAAUGUGUGACAGUGACAAUGAAGGUGAAAAAGAUGCUAACAUUUUAUGUAACACAGAACAAACAGAAGAUCAGGGGCUAGCAAAUAUGCCAGAAGCUGCAAAGCAGGAAAUAUCUGACAAUAUAAGUACAGAUGAAAACAAUGCUAAGAUUUCAUGUAACACAGAACAAACAGAAGAUCAGUGGCUAAGUAAUAUGCCUGAAGCUGCAGAGCAGGAAAUAUGUGACAAUAUAAGUACAGGUGAAAGCGAUGCUAAGAUUUCAUGUAACAUGGGACAAACAGAAGAUCAGUGGCUAAGAAAUGUCGAACCAUCAGAGCAGGAAAUUUGUGCCAAUAUAAGUACAGGGACGCAGGGUGCAAGUGAAUUCACAAACUGCAAUAAUCCUAGUUAUGAUCAGAGUGCAGAUGCUUCUUUACAUCUUCUUCAAAAUCAAAGAAGCCACGUGGGAAAUGUAUGUUCUGAAUGUGGGAAAUGUUUUCUUAAGAAAUCACAUCAUCUUAAACAUCUAAAAAUUCAUACAGGAGAAAAGCCAUUUUCCUGUCCUAUAUGUGGGAAAUGUUUUAACCAUAAAAUAAGUCUUGUUGCUCAUCAGAAAAUUCAUACAGGAGAAAACGAAUUUUCGUGUUCUGAUUGUGGGAAAUACUUUACUCAGAAAUCAAAUCUAAUUCGUCAUCAGAAAAUUCAUACAGGGGAGAAAGGAUUUUCAUGUCUUGACUGUGGAAAAUGUUUUAUCCUGAAAUCACAUCUUAUUAGGCAUCAGAAAACGCAUACAGGAGAAAAAGCAUUUUCAUGUUCUGACUGUGGAAAAUGUUAUACUCGGAAAUCAACUCUUCUUAUGCAUCAAAAAAUUAAUACAGGGGAAAAAGGAUUUCCAUGUUCUGACUGUGGGAAAUGUUUUACUCGGAAAUCAAAUCUCAUUACACAUCAGAAAAUUCAUACAGGGGUGAAAGGAUUUUCAUGUUCUGACUGUGGGAAAUGUUUUACUAUGAAAUCAAAUCUCAUUACACAUCAGAAAAUUCAUACAGGGGUGAAAGGAUUUUUAUGUUCUGACUGUGGGAAAUGUUUUACCCGGAAAUCAACUCUUCUUCUGCAUCAAAAAAUUCAUACAGGGGAAAAAGGAUUUCCAUGUUCUGACUGUGGGAAAUGUUUUACUCGGAAAUCAAAUCUCAUUACACAUCAGAAAAUUCAUACAGGGGUGAAAGGAUUUUCAUGUUCUGACUGUGGGAAAUGUUUUACUAUGAAAUCAAAUCUCAUUACACAUCAGAAAAUUCAUACAGGGGUGAAAGGAUUUUUAUGUUCUGACUGUGGGAAAUGUUUUACCCGGAAAUCAACUCUUCUUCUGCAUAAAAAAAUUCAUACAGGGGAAAAAGGAUUUCCAUGUUCUGACUGUGGAAAAUGUUUUAUCCUGAAAUCAUCUCUUAUUAGACAUCAGAAAAUUCAUACAGGGGAGAAAGCAUUUUCAUGUUCUGACUGUGGGAAAUGUUUUGCUGCGAAAUCAACUCUUAUUAAUCAUCAGAAAAUUCAUACAGGGGAGAAAGCAUUUUCAUGUCCUGAUUGUGGGAAAUGUUUUGCUCUAAAAUCAAAUCUCAUUACACAUCAGAAAAUUCAUACAGGGGUAAAAGACUUUUCAUGUUCUGACUGUGGGAAAUGUUUUAUCCUGAAAUCACAUCUUAUUAGGCAUCAGAAAACUCAUAUUAAAAUAAAUCAGAGUUUAACCUCCCAAUUGCAGAGGAAUAAUAUGGUAGUUGUCACCCACACAAUACCAAGUGCUGAUGAUGACUGCAUGUGACCCCCUGGGACAUGCAGUUUUGGGGCUGUUUGAGGUCCCUUCUGCACCUCAAGCGUUUAUGAGGUGACCCCACGGUGGAUUUGAUAGAAAAAUUAUGAUUUAAAUCACUAGUCCGUAAACCCGAUUUAAAUCAUGGUUUUUAUUUUUUUAAUAAGUCUUCAGAUUAUUUGUUUACAGUUAUACCAGGCUAUUACUAAAUUGGUUAUAUAUCAUUAGAUAUGCAUAGACAGAUCAUUGAAAUUGAUUAGAUUAUUUGGAGGUGAAGUUUAUCCAGUUUAAUUGGUUAAUCAUUCACAUUUGAUCAACUUUUCACCUGUACUUUAUUGGAAGGAGGACAAUUAUUAAAUUAAUAAUAACAAUAGAAAUAGUUUUAUUUUACUAAAACAAUAACAUUAUUCUUCAUUUUUAAUGCUUGCCCCUCCCUCCUCACACUUAGGUCCAUGUGCAGAUCUAUUCCUCUCCAAACAAUCUUCUAUUCAUUGACUUACUUAGUAUGGGUUGAUUCUGUGUACAUUGAUUUGCAGGGGAGCAAUGGCAUUAAAGGAAAGUGAAGUCAAAAUUUAAAGUUUCCUGAUUCAGAAAGAACAUGAAUUUUUAACAAUUUUCCAAUUGACUUCUCUUAUGUAAUUUGCUUUGUUGUUUAUGUAUCCAUUGUUAAAAAGCCUGCAUAGGUAGGCUCACUAAGAUGCAAUGCACUACUGUGAGCUAGCUGCUUGUCACGGUCUCACCCAUCGUAUUCAUAUAGUCCCCAGUAAAGCAUUGCUCUCCUUCAACAAAGGAUUCUAAGAGAAUGAAGCAAAUAUCAUACUAUAAGUAAAUCUUAAAAUGUUAUGUUCUAUCUAAAACCCAAAAGUUAUCUUUCAUGUUUAUGUCCCUUUAAGGUCUAUUUAUUAACUCUGUAUGUUCAUUUUCUUCCUAAUGGGAAACAGUCCACAGACACAUUCAUUACUUAUGGGAAAUAAGAACCUGGCCACCAGGAGGAGGCAAAGACCCACCAGCCAAAGGCUUAAAUACUCCUCCCACUUCCCUCAUCCCCCAGUCAUUCUUUGCCUUUCGUCCCAGGAGGUUGGCAGAGACGUGUCAGAAGAUUCUUUUUAUUUUACUUUAUUUUAAUUAAUUUAAUUUUAUUGUGUCUCUUAUGGAGGGUGCUACCUUUUGAAAUGAGAUGGGAGUUUUAAGUUGUCCUGUCAGCCUCUCGUGGAGGGCCUGGGUGAAAGUGAGAGUCAGGAGAUGCAGUGGGAGCUUCCCCUGCGACACCUUCCCGACUCAUAUUCACAACUCCUUUCAGCAUUUGGCGUUGCUGAACUUCGUUUCGCUACCUGCUGUUCUCUCUCAAGUCCAUGGCGGAGGCGAUGCUACUAUUCGUCACACUUGAAGGGCCGUGUUCCUGUUCCACGGCGUGGAUUCCGAUUAGAUUGUUUCAUUUUAUUACAUUGCUGUGAUGUGAUUUAUUAUGACAGUUCAGUGUGGGCUUUGCUGAGACACCUGUUUCGAUCUGGGAAUUAAGGGAUUAUCUCCCCUUUCAGGGGAGUUAGUGAAUGGGAUGGGGUUGGUUAUCAUGUUUCCUAUGUGAUCAUCCUGCUUGUGUACGGAAAUUUGGGCUCUGAGGGUGAGUCAUGUAUCAUUUUGCUAAGCAUGGCCUUGAGCUACGAUUUUAUUCAGACUUGCUAGUUUGUUAUGGGGCCUAGUUUUACUGCAUUUGGGAUUUCGUGGGGCAUCUGGUAACCGUGCGUGUUUACACUUGGGUGGGUCUUUUUUCCCUUCCGCAUUCCUGACCGAGUGGAGAUGGAGGUAAAAGUCGCUGCAGAAUCUGUUGGUGCUCUACAAAUAACCGAUAAUAAUAAUAAUAAAGAGUCUGCUUCACUGAGGCCUGGUCAUAAGGGGUGGUGAGUGCCCCAGCCAUUGUAGGUGUCAGGUGCCAGUUUCUUUCCAAAUUGCAUCUUUAUUUUUAGUCUUAGCCAUGGAGGAUUCUAAUGCCGAGACUAUUUUAAUAUCUGAAAUGGAUUAUGGAAUUCUUAAUGGCGCGCAAAUUGCCCCUUGCACUAUCACCUAUCUGCUCCCAAAGACAGAUAUAUAAUGGAAAGAUACAAGAAAUAUAUAAAUUGGUGAGAGUGCGCUAGCAGCAACAGGGGAUGUGUCACUGGUAUAGGCAAAUAUAUAAAAUCAAUAAAGCAAAUAAGUGAUAAAAUACAAACACAUUUAUAUCAAUAAACACAUAGGUAAAAUCCUGAAUUGGUUCGAUUGUGCUAAACAGCAGCAGGGAAUGUGUCACUGAUAUAGGCAAAUGUUGUUUGAAUAUAUUAUGAAAUCAAUAAAGCAAAUUUGUUAUAAAAUACAAACACAUUUAUUUGAAUAAACACAUAGGUAAAAUCCUAAUUUUAUGACUGGUCUUAAAUAUUUAAAAAACUAAAAGAGUAAAGGCAAGUAUUUCAAUACUUUAAAAAUGCUAUUGCAUAGAGUUAAAAGAAAAUUGGGGAUUUACAUAUACAACUUGUUUGCAAGUUUAGAAAUAUAGUGGUGCACUACUCUUUAUGUUGCGGUAGUAGCUGAAUAGCUGAUAUAUCACCAAUCCACCUUAUUAUUUUGGUACAAAAGGUUUGACUGUUUGCACACAAAACAAAGUAAAGUUACACUUUGAGAAGAAAAGUAAAAAAUAUGUGUAUAUAUAUGAAUCGUUUCAAUAAACGACUAGUCCAAAUUG